AUGACUACAGCUGACGACGAUUUCGACAAAAAGACAGAGGCUUUUGUGAAAUGGCUCAAAAACCGUGGAGUCACUAUUUCACCCAAAAUCGCUAUUCAUGAUUACCGUUCAGUUCACCAAGGUCGCGGCGUCAUUGCGCUCGAAGACAUUCCCGUAGGCGAGUCGCUUUUCCGUAUCCCACGCACGGCCGUUCUUGCUGUUGAUACCCUUGGAGCAAGCUCUGGUGCAACUACUGAAACAGACCGUGUCAAAGCACUUUAUUCUAAGGCUGAUGAAGAUUUAAAAUUAUUGGACCCAUGGAUGGCUUUGAUUUUCCAUAUGAUGGUGCGCGCGCCAACCAAAAAUGAUAGCGACGCUGAAUUUGGUCCUUAUUACGAUGUGUUACCACGCGAAUUUUCUACAUUGAUGUUUUGGGAUGAGAAGGAAGUGAAAACUCUGUUACAAGGAUCGACAGUUGGUGAACGUAUUGGUCGUGAAGAAGCCGAAGAAUCCUAUAAUGAGGUGUUGCGUCCAAUUUUUGAAAAGUACAAGGAAGACAUGGAAGGCAUUGAUACUUCUGUUGAAGCGUUUCACCGUAUGGGUAGUUUGAUCAUGUCAUACAGUUUUGAUGUUGAUAAACGAGAGGUUGCUAAAGAAGAAGAUAGUGGAGAAGAUAAAAAUGAUGAACAUGAAGAUCACGAAGAUCACGAAGAUCACGAAGAUCACGAAGAUCACGAAGAUCACGAAGAAGAAGAAGAAGAAGAAGAGGAAGAAGAAGAAGAAGAAGAACAUGAAAUGGAAGAAGUUGAAAUUGAGAUUGAUGAAGAAGAUGAUGAACCUGCAGUCAAGGCCAUGGUUCCCCUUGCUGAUAUUUUAAAUGCCCACACUCGUCUUUGCAAUGCUCAUUUGUUCCACGAAUCUUCCGGUUCUAUUUUAGAGAUGCGUGCUAUCAAGCCUAUUGCCAAAGGCACCCAAAUUUACAAUACAUAUGGUGAUUUACCCAACAGCGAUUUGCUGAGGCGAUAUGGCUACGUUGAGCUUGGAGGUAGUGCAUACGAUGUUGUUGAAUUGUCGACACCUCAGAUUGUAGAAGCAGCUGCAAAGUAUUUUUCUGGGGAAGAGUUUGAGUACACGAAAAAGGACAAAUCAGCAUGCGCCAAAAUUACUGAAAAAACGGUGGAAAGGGCACUCGAGACAUUGGCCAAAUGGCAGGAAGAGGCUGGGCUUAUUGGUACAAGACUUGGUCCUAAAAAGAAGGAAGAAGAAAAGUCAGGAGAAAAGCAUGAUGAAGAAAAAGAAGAAAAAGAAGAAGAAGAAGAAGAAGAAGAAGAACAUGACGAGCUUGGUGAGAUAGUGGAUGAUUCCUACGAUGUCCCAGUCUCUGGUAUUCCACCUCCAGAACUUCACAUUCUUGUCAACUUUUUGACCCUUUGGGCUCUUGAUUUUGCAGCUUCUCAGAAUCCACGCCUUAAGUUACGUUCUGUUUUUUCCACAGUUUUGAGCACCAGCAAACGUGCAGCUGCAGAUGAUACACCUGGCGAUCGUACACAGCGGAAGAAGAUGCGUAAGGCAUUUCUUAAAGCUUUAAUUGCGCGGGCUGUUGAGAGUAGUAGUAGUAGUGGUGGUGGUACAAAGACUUUUGGAUUGUUCCCUGAGGCGCGUGCAUUGUGGACCCAUAUUUUGGAUGCACGUAAGAAGUUGUAUCCGGAAAGCGCGGUUGCAAAAGAAAACAAUGAUAAGAAUGAGGAACGUGAUGAAAAAGAUGACACCACUUAUAGUUAUUCACACAAGGAUAUGGCGGCAGAAUUGAUUUCUGGAGAACUGCGUAUUUUGAACCGAGUUUUAACAUUGGUGUCUGGAAAUGAAAUCGAAGGUGGUGAAACUGCAGACAAGUAUAUUACGAGUCUGCGAAAGGAUUGGGAUGCCUACGAAAAGGACCGCAAGAAGAAGCUCAAGCGUAGUGGUGGAAAUGAUGAUACUGACAAGAAAAAGAAAAAGCGACGGUAA